GCAACACCAAGACGUCACCUAGCCCCACCUCCCCUGGUCGCGCUGCGUGUGACGUCAACUCUUCCUGUGUCGGGUGGGCCCUGGUGACCCGGAUUUGGGGCUGACAGGAUCGCAGCGGCGGCUGGCGAAAAUGGGCAUGGAGUCGCCCCCGCCAACCAUGAUAGAGGGCCUCGGCGAUGAGGUGACCGUUGCAGUGGGCCUCUUUAUCCUGCUCCUGGCACUCGUUCUGGCAUGGCUGUCAACCUAUGUGGCAGAGGGCAGCGAUCCCCUACUGGGCAGCCUGAUGCCCGCUGGACGUAGAGAGCCUCUUUUGGGCCUCAGCAACCCGGUGCCCCCCAAUCCAGAAGCACAGAGGACGGUGGAGCCCCAAGCGGAAAAGCCAGAAGAAGGGGAGCAAGGCCAAGGUGGAGAACAGGGUGCUGACAGCGAGAGCGCCAGCCUUGACCAGAUGCUUGAUAUUCAAGGAGUGCCCAAGCGUGGUCAGCCUGUCACAGCUGUAAGUGAUACAGAUGAAGACCUAACAGAGGGAGAGGUUGAUGGAGUGGACAUUUCCCAGGAAGUAACAAGACGGAAAGUCCCGCCAGAAGAGAGAGAGACAGAGGGGGAUGGCGGCACUAAGCAGCAGGACCACGAAUGGAGGAAGAGAACCAGCAAAGGCCAGGAGCAGACACAGCCUGAGGAGGAAAUGAUAACCUUGCGGCUGAAAUUUCUGAAUGAAACAGAAGAGGUUGCUUUGGUGAGGCCAGAUGACACCAUCGGAACUCUGAAAAGUAAAUAUUUCCCAGGCCAGGAACCUCAGAUGAAGCUAAUUUACCAGGGACAGCUCCUACACGACUCCUCACAGACCUUGCGCUCCCUCCAUAUCACAGACAACUGCGUCAUCCAUUGCCACCGCUCUCAGGCAACCGUCUCCUCCUCCCCAGUAGGCCCCGAAUCCGGAGGGACGUCUACGGAGCACACCGGCCUCACCCCACCUAUCGGGAACCUGAUGAUACCCAUCUUUGUGGUUAUGCUGGCCCUGAUUUGGUAUUUCCGGAUCAACUACCGCCAGUUUUUCACUGCCCCUGCCACGGUCUCCCUGUGCGGGGUCACUGUUUUCUUCAGCUUUUUGGUCUUUGGCAUGUAUGGGCGAUAGAACUGUGAACAAAAAAAAAAAGGGGGGUUUAAGUGACUUCUGACUGUUGUACAGAUUUACUCUGUGGGAUAAACCAACAAAGCUUCUGUUAUGUAUUCUGUAUCAAUUCACCAAUACCUUAAUCAGGCUUAAUCCCGUUCUCAGUACCAAAUGGAUUGGCCGUGAUUAAGGCCUUAAGCGGUAUUAAUUACUGUGUGGUAUCCGAUAGGUUUAUGGCAGGGUGUCCCCAAUUUAUCCAGAAGGGCCUUUGCGUAACAGGAGCAUAUUACGCUGUAGUCGCCCCAUAACCUUCACGACACAAUGCUGGCAUUGAGGUCAACAACAGGCUUAAUAGGAAGUGCUGCAAGUUUUGGUCUCUAGGGCCGUGCCAGUGAGAUUGGGCCAAGGAGGCCACAUGUAUGGCAUCUGUAGGGGAGAGCAUUGUUUGAAUCAUGACAUUGUCUAAGGUGGAUCUGUAUGACAUAAUAGACUGGUAUCCACCACCUCUAAGGUCAGAUGUUACCUGGCACAGCCAAGUUUAUGGCUGGAGGCUUCCAAUCCUGGUGCCUAUUCCGUGGUGGGCACUUCAAUGUAUGGGAUGUGGCAGAGGUGUGCCAUGCUGUACUUUAUUGAACUGGCUUGGGCUUUGGUGGGAGUCUUGACUAUGACAAAUAACCAGCUUCCUUUGGGGGCUCAACCUUUUAACUCAUUCAAAACUCCUACCACUUAGAGACUUUGUUUUUAUGACGCUCUAUAGGCAUAUUUAAAGGGCCACACCACCCAAAACCUCUUUGUAGCAUGUGGAUACAGAGAUCCAACCACAGCUAAAAAAAAGAAAA